UUAUGUGUGAUCCUAUAAUUAGCGAGCAAUAUUAUUACAACGAGUAAUUCAACUAGGUAUAUUAUUUAGAUCGUACGAUGUGAAUGCUAAUUAAAUUGAUUUUUCUGGAAUACCAGAUUCCUAUUUGAACAAUUAGCAAUAAAAGAGAUAACAAUUUCCAAAAAUCUAAAUUUUCGAGGAAGCUGACAAUGGGCUAAAUAGUUUAGAACACAAUUAGAUUCAAUUUGAAGAAAUAAAGAUGGAUAGGCUUCGGAUAAAGAAUGACAGCUCCAUUGAUGCCUAGCCUAGAAGUGGAAGCGAUGGGGAUAACUCACUAGAUGCAAGUUAGAAUAACAGAAGAAGGAGGAGAUCAAGUACUUUUUUGUUCAAAUAUAGAAAAAUAUUCAAAAGAAGAAUAAAAAAAUUUAAAAGAUUCAUUGUAAUCCUAGAUCCUUUUGAAUCUGGGGUAGACAAAGAGCACAUACACUAAUAAAAUUCAGAAUUUGGUGAAAAAUGAAAAUAACGGCCGUUUGUUGAUCAUAACCAAAGCUAGACAAUCGUAUUAAAAUAUGUUGAUUCAUUUUUUAGAAGGAGUUAAUAGAAAUUGGAAAGGAAAAAUGAACAGCAGCUUUAAAUUAAUCUAGAACAUAGCGAUUAGUCUUCAUCUGAAAAUCAAGAUUCGCUUAAUGAUGGAAAUAUGGAUCCUAGUCGUUUAAAACAAGUGAGGAAUCGAGAAUCAGCCAGAAAUUCAAGAGCAAGAAAGAAAAUAUAUUUUGAGUUAUUAGAGACAAGAGUUCAAGAGUUAUAGGAUGAAAAUGAUAAACUUAGAGAGUAAUGUAAUAAUUUGUCAAAAUCAAUUGAAAAUUACAAUAAAUAGCAAGAUAAGGUAAAUAAGAUAGUAAUGGAUAGUUUUCGUAAUUCUUGGAAUAGUAAGAGAAACUAUUCGAGAGAUUGGAAGAUUGCAUUAAUUAAGGCAAGGAUGCAACAGAAAUCGAAAUCUUGUUGGAUGCAUUGAAAUAUAGAACAUCAUCUAAUAAAUAGGAGAGAAUAGAUGCUGCUAAAUCAUAUUCCUAUUCAAUCUUAGAUGUGUGUUUACCAUUACAGACUAAAUAUUUAUUUAGUAUAUUAGAUGACAAAGACUUCUUUUCUUAAAAUUCGAGGUAAUUGUGGAUAUGAAUUGUAGAAAUUACACUGAUUAUUUGAGAGAUGUCUUUAAGAAAAUUGAUACAAAAACUGAUGACUUUGGAAAUAAUGAAAAAAUUAAACAAAAAUUAGGAGUGGCAAAGUAGAAUAUGGAUGAGUAACAACUUUAAUUUAAUUAUCAAUAGUUCGUUUAAGAAGAUAAAAAAGGAGAUUAAAUUAAUUUAGAGCGAGGCAGGAAAGGUAGAUUUGUUGUGGGAAUAAUUGAAAGAAAAAUUAUAACCUCAAAUAUUGGCAUAAUGUUUGCUAACACUGCAUAAGGUAUAAAGAUCAUCAAGUGUUUAGAAUGAAUUUCGAGCAGAGUUUUAGGCAUCAACCUUAUUUAAGAGGCACAAAGAAAAAAAAGAGUAAGCAGGAAUGUCAAUCGAAUAAUAAUUAUUGUAGCGAAAGUAAGUAAAAAAAUGUAAUUGA